CCUGGGCGGGGAGGGCGGGGCCAGGAAGCGGCGAGUGCGCCGGGAAGCGCAGCUGCGGGCGUGGGGGAGGCAGGAGCCGCGGAGCCGGCCCCGAGAGCGGCUGCGGCCGGAGCGGGCAGCCGAGACAAAGGCGACGAUAGGACGAGUUGUAAGUGUGUGGAGCUUUGAGUGAAACCUCAGACCCAAGUGAGAAGAAACCUUCAAGGAACAACUACUAACACCUGAAAAUGUACAUUCAUUAAAUUCCUGGCAGUGAUCUGACCAUAAAAGAAAAGCCAGUUGGCUAAGAAACCAACACUGGAGAAGAGCAGAGAAAAGCCACACCCCGAUCAGACUACCUGUCAUAGGUCCUGAGUCAAGACGAUUUUUAUACACCUUCCCGGUGGUUCCGAAACGAGUCUCUGUAGAACCACAAGCAAAGAAAGGAAAUAGUCUGACUUUUUCUUCAUUAAAUUGACUGUAUAAGAUACUUGACUUCCAGGAGCAAAACACAGAGAAGUAAUACAAUUGUUAUUCGACAUCAUUGGACAUACACCCUGUUGAGGAGCGUUUGUGAAGCUUCCUGAGUGGAGAUUUGGAAACUCGCUUGGUGCUCACUUAUACUUUGGACUACCAGCAUGAGCGAAUUCUGGCUCUGUUUCAACUGCUGUAUUGCCGAGCAGCCUCAGCCUAAAAGGCGCCGGCGGAUUGACCGAAGCAUGAUCGGCGAGCCCACAAACUUUGUGCACACGGCCCACGUGGGAUCAGGAGACCUGUUCAGUGGGAUGAAUUCAGUUAGCUCCAUUCAGAACCAAAUGCAGUCCAAGGGAGGCUACGGGGGCGGGAUGCCGGCCAGCGUGCAGCUCGUGGAUACGAAGGCAGGAUAGCCCCUGCUCCCGUCAUUGUGAAUUUCUGUGUUUUCUCUUUCCACUAGUCUUUAAUUUUUUUUUUUUUGUCGUGACUGCUUUUCUUUUCUUUUCAAUUACAACAAAGAAGUGUGAUGGCAUCGCGUUCAUCCUGUUGUGACAUCACUGUCCUGCUCCGAAGCAGCUGCUGUCACGUGACUCCUGUGCGUUUCCUCCAGCUGACACACAUGGCUAUGGACUCACGGCAGUGCUGUAGAUUGUGGCCGAAAUCCCAGUUUUUAUCAAUAUGGAUCUGGUCUUAGCAUGAUCUUUUUUGUGAAUGCUAGCACUGUUUUGCAUUUUCUUUUCCAUUUUAAACAUCUCUUCACCGCCAACCCUCUGCCUUAUGAUUUUAUUGGUAAGGAUCUGCUAUCAUUUGUUACUUCGUCACCAUUUAUGUAUAUUUUGGAAGGUAUGAGACCCAUAAGCACAAUGACCAUUUGAAACUUCAGCAGAAUAGAUAUCUGCAUGCUUUAAGAAGUUGCUUCGUAUGGGAGCCCCCGGGCUGAUGAUACUGCUGCUAUUAGAGAAAGGUUAGCUGUGGCACCAGGUCACAUCAGUUUCACAAAAAAGGUAACUUGUAGCUUAUUUUAGAAGUAUGACUUUUUGGUCUAUUUAGUUAGAAUUACAAUAAAAAGAAAAGUUUGCAUUCCUUCUGUUGUAAAUGUUCAAUAUAUUUAUUUUGAGAGCAAGGACCUGUGAUUGUAAGCAGGUGUGGCUGUAUCUGAGCGUUGUGGUAACUCCCUCCUCCCGUCUGGCUCUGGGCAUCUUAGUAGCUGUUCGUAUCUUUUGUAUUCCUUCGUUUUUACGUGUUUUCAUUUUAUGUUUCAUAUUACGGUGUCCAGUUUCCAGGAGCAGUGUGGUGAGCUUCUGGCCUGUCCUCCUACCUGCAGACGCAGUGGCCUUUCCAUACUUUGCGUAUUUUGGGGCAGUGGAACAUACUGACCUGGCUGAAUCGUCCCACCUGUAUGGGACGUUUCUUAGGUUCCAAAAUAUGUUUACUCUUACAAAUUUCUAUAAAUGCUUUUCCUUCCCCAUAAGGGUGUAGCAUUAAGCCAGUUAGGAUUUACAUUUUAACAAGAACGCAAACUACUGUCUCUGUCCCAUCCAGCCUUGUCUAACGACAUUUGGUAGAAUUAACAUUUCCUGCAGCAAAUGGGGCUUAAUUAAUUGAAAACUUAGCGCUAAGGAAUUAGGCAAUUGAAAGUGAUUGUUUUCUUUUUUUUAUCCCUUUCCCCUCACCUUAGUCCCAGGCUUUUAUGAAAUAGGUAACUGAAUAAAUACUGGGUGUGUGUAGGCAAAACAUGAAAGCAUUGCUCCCCCAAUUCUUUUAACGUACCCGGGACGGGGGGGUGGGGCAUGAUAUUGAUCACUCAGUCCUUGUACUUUGAGCCUUUGUAGGUGUCAGUGUCAAGCAGAAUCUUGUCAAGGGAAACAUGUAUGCCUAGUAAUCACAACAGGCAGCUUGCAGUUCAUAUAGUAACUUCUGUUCACCUGGUGUCAUUCAUCCCUUGUACAGCUGUCCUGCGGGGGCACCAGCUCCAGAAAAGACGGGCUCGAUUUCCUGCAUUGGCAGCUCGGGUGCCAUGUAGUCUACUUCUAUUUUGACUUUUAAAAUUCGUACAGUUUUUAUAGUUGUCAUCUAACUCCUGGAACUACAAUACAGGGAAGCCAGGGGCCCUUUUCCCCAGCACAUAAUUUGAUUUUACUUUUUUCCAAUCGCUAUCUUUUCUGCUUCUUCAACGACCAACUACUCCCGUGGGCGUGUCCCCAUGGUAAGCACAGGGUCGCCAUUGACUUCCAGGCUCAGUGGCCACACUCUGUACAAGGACAUGCCAAGGAAGGUGCCGUAGAUUCAAGAGUACCAGAAAUUCUAAGAUAGAACUUGGGGCACAAAUUUUCUAGGACAGCUUGACGAUAUCUGAGUAUGGAGGCAGCUUUCCCACAUUCCUAAGUGGGAUUGUAACUCUCAGGAGGUCAAUUGGUCCCCAGAGCAAUGUAUCUCAUUUUAAAAUUGAAGCUAAUUAAGUAGGAUUGACUGUUAAUAACUUUGCUGAAAUACAUGCUUGUAACUGUUAAGCAAGGCAAAGUGAAUCAAGGUCUCAUGACACAGGUUCUUCUUUGGGUCUUUGUGCUGCUGAGCACAGACCGGAAGUGCUGCUGGGCGAGUGGGCCCAGCACCUGCCUCCACAGGGACGUGUCAGCCUCCACUCGGGAUUAAAUUAUAGCAGUUCUAGAGAGCAAGUUUGCCUUGAUUUUGUUUAAAAUGACUUCUGCUCAGCACCCAAAAGAUAAAAUUGACAUAUUUUUAUAAUAUAAGCAUACUUUUUUUGUACAUUGUGUUCAUUCUUAAAUAGAGUUCAGUGUUGGCUUGUAGAUAUUAAAAAGAAAUUAUUGAUUCAAUAAAUGUUUUCUUUCAAUCCUU